AUGGAGCCAGGGCUCGCGGGGGUCGGGGAUCUGGAGCCGGGCCCUCGCUGCCGCGGCCGCGCAGGCGGUGCCAAGACCGGGCAGGCGGCGCCGGCGCACUCCGGUCACCGAGCCUGCAAAAGGGGCCCCGGGCGGGCGGCCGCACACCUCGCAGACGGCGGGCAGCGGUCGCAGAGACCGCCGCCCCGGGGCUCCUCCAACUUAGAGAACUGUUCCCCAGGGGCUGGUCUGGGCCAGAGGGCCUUUGAGCGGCACCACCUGGUGUCACAGCUUUCAUUGUUGAGGUUCCUCAGUGCUGAACUAACAAGAGGGUACUUCCUUGAACAUAAUGAGGCCAAGUAUACAGAAAGAAGAGAAAGAGUAUACACUUGUAUGCGAAUACCAAGAGAAUUGGAAAAGCUCAUGGUUUUUGGAAUCUUUCUGUGCCUGGAUGCAUUUCUGUAUGUGUUCACCCUGCUUCCUUUAAGAGUUUUCCUGGCACUAUUCAGGCUCUUCACUCUGCCUUGCUAUGGCUUAAGGGACAGACGUUUGCUUCAGCCUGCUCAGGUGUGUGACAUCCUGAAGGGUGUCAUUUUGGUAAUCUGCUAUUUCAUGAUGCACUACGUUGACUACUCCAUGAUGUAUCACCUGAUAAGGGGGCAGUCAGUCAUCAAGCUGUACAUCAUCUACAAUAUGCUCGAGGUAGCAGAUCGUCUGUUUUCAUCAUUUGGACAAGAUAUAUUAGAUGCUCUCUACUGGACAGCAACAGAGCCUAAAGAAAGAAAAAGAGCCCAUAUUGGAGUGAUUCCUCACUUUUUCAUGGCCGUUCUCUAUGUCUUUUUGCAUGCAAUUCUCAUCAUGGUUCAAGCAACCACUCUCAACGUGGCUUUUAACUCACACAACAAGUCACUGCUCACCAUCAUGAUGUCUAAUAAUUUUGUUGAAAUUAAAGGAAGUGUUUUCAAGAAGUUUGAAAAGAACAAUCUUUUUCAAAUGUCUAAUAGCGAUAUUAAGGAACGAUUCACGAAUUAUGUGCUUUUGCUAAUUGUGUGUCUACGAAACAUGGAGCAGUUUUCUUGGAAUCCAGAUCACCUCUGGGUGUUGUUUCCAGAUGUCUGUAUGGUGAUUGCAUCAGAAACUGCUGUGGAUAUUGUAAAACAUGCCUUUAUCACCAAGUUCAAUGACAUUACUGCAGAUGUCUACAGUGAAUAUAGAGCCAGCCUUGCUUUUGACCUUGUUAGCAGCCGACAGAAAAAUGCGUAUACUGAUUACAGUGACUCUGUGGCACGGAGGAUGGGGUUCAUUCCUCUCCCACUAGCUGUUUUACUCAUCAGAGUCGUCACAAGCUCCAUUAAAGUGCAAGGAAUCCUGUCGUAUGCCUGCGUCAUACUCUUCUAUUUUGGGUUGAUCUCCCUGAAAGUCCUUAAUAGCAUCGUGCUGUUGGGGAAGUCAUGUCAGUAUGUGAAGGAGGCCAAAAUGGAAGAAAAGUUGUUCAAUCCUCCUCCGGCCAGCACAUCAGGCAAACCACCCCAUAAGUCACAGAACAAAUGUAAACCCUCUCAAGAAGAAAACUUGUCUGCUUCGGUCACCAGCCAGCCUGUUCAUCCGAAAGAAAACGUCAUACCCUUACUUGUCACAAGCAGUUCUGAUCAGUUUCUGACGACUCCAGAUGGUGAUGAGAAGGACAUAACGCAGGAAAGCUCUGAAUUAAAGCACAGAUCCUCAAAGAAAGAUUUGCUGGAGGUAGACAGGUUCACAAUCUGUGGAAACCGAAUUGACUGAGCUCUGCGGCCAAGUCCUGGGGCGGGAGACGCUCUGCUACUGGGCUGGACAGAUGCGAAAACUGGCACUUAAAUAUUUAUUUAAAAACUUAAAUUAUUAAUGGAAAGCGAAUCUUAAUAUCUUUCUUCCGGUGACGUGGUCUGGCUGAAGGUCAGGUCACAGAACAGCAGCGACCUCCAGCCUGGACUCUGGAACCUGACGGGUGAGGAGGAGCCCCCGGCUUGGCAGAGGGCAGUCACUUCC